AUGAUGAGUCCCAUCAUCUACUCCGACCUGAAAUUCACCCGCACCGCACCGCCCGGAGCCAACCACAGAGACUCCACCCUGGAGGAUCCCACCGAUGAUGGUGAUAUUAUGUAUGAGAAUGUCAUUGGUCCACAACCGGUCAGAGAGAAGAGACCGCCUCCAGCACCUCCAGCACCCGCUAUGGGAAGAGGCCGUCAGCUGAUGGCAGGCCUCCGGAAGUGCUCCCUGCACCUUUCUCUGGUCUUCCUACUGCUGUGUCUGGUUCUGUCUGCGGCUGUGAUCGGGUUGACCAUGAAAUAUGUUCAGAAGUCCAGCGAGUUCCAGACGUUGGUGACCGAUCACCAGACAAUGAGCAGCAGUAUGACCCAGAGCCUCGGGAGUAGAGACGACCUCCUGAAAUCAUUGAGAAUAGACUUAGCGACCACCAAGACUGAGUUGGAGAAGACCCGUCUGCAGCUGAGGAAAAUGGAACAGAACAAUAGGGAUCUGAACAGCAGGCUCAAGAGCAAGGAGGGUCUCCUGGAGUCGGCGAACAAAGAUCUGACAGCUACCGAGAAUGACCUGGAGAAGAACCGUUCGGAUUUAGAGAAAGCAUCACGGAGUAAUACAGAUCUGAAAAAGGAUCUGCAGGAGUGCCGUGAUGGACAGAAGUCUUCAGCCGAGGAAAAGACAAAUUACUUAUCAAAACUGGAGAAGUGCAAACAAGAUAAUAGAG